UGACUGCGUGUGUUCUCUUCACAGCAACAGGAGCAGGACCCCACUAACUUGUACAUCUCUAACCUCCCGGUUUCAAUGGAUGAACAAGAGCUGGAGAACAUGCUGAAGCCCUUUGGACAUGUCAUCUCCACACGGAUACUCCGAGACGCCAACGGGGUCAGCCGAGGGGUCGGCUUUGCCAGAAUGGAGUCCACCGAGAAAUGUGACGUGGUGAUUCAACAUUUCAAUGGAAAGUUCCUCAAAACCCCACCAGGAGUGCCAGCCCCGACGGAGCCACUGCUGUGCAAGUUUGCAGACGGAGGACAGAAGAAGAGGCAGAGUCAGAACAAGUACCCUCAAAAUGGCCGACCGUGGCCUCGGGAAGGAGAGAGUGGCAUGACGCUGACCUAUGAUCCCACUGCAAUGCAGAAUGGGUUCUACUCCUCACCAUACAGCAUCUCCACAAACCGCAUGAUCGCUCAAACGUCAAUCACUCCAUUCAUCGCAGCCUCUCCUGUCUCCACAUAUCAGGUCCAGAGUACAUCGUGGAUGCCUCACCAACAGUACGUUAUGCAACCUACGGGUGCUGUGAUAACGCCAGCCAUGGACCACACCAUCUCCAUGCAGCCCGCUAACAUGAUGGGACCCCUCACCCAGCAGAUGAACCACCUGUCCAUGGGUACCACUGGCACUUACAUGACUGCGGCUGCUGCUCCUAUGCAGGGGACCUACAUUCCCCAGUACACUGCGAUGCCUGCCUCAGCUGUCUCUGUAGAGGGAGUUGUGACGGAGGCUUCUCCUCAGAGUGUUCCGCCCUCAUCACAGGAUGCCAGCGGUCAGCAACAGCCUCUGGGUGUGGACAACACCAGCGAUCACGCGCCCACCUACACUUUUCAACCCGCUAAAUAACCAGAGGAGGAGGGGGGCGUUAAGGUGACUGUGUUGCCUUGAGACCGGGGACUGCAACGAGGGAACAUUGAAAACAGAGCGCAAGAGACAGGAACACACGUUUGUGUCUACUUUUGCACAAGCAUCUAAAAUAAAAACAUCUACAACAAACAAUUUAUUUAACACCUGGCCCACACCGGAGGACCUUUGGAGGACUCACAAACAGACCAGAAACGAGAGAAAUGCAGUCUCGGAGGUCGAGCCUACUGUUAAUCGGCUAUCCGAAAAACCUUACCUUCAUGAAGUGAACGAAUUCAAACAAGUACAAGUUUUCCUAUUCUUUUUUUUUUUUUUUUUGAAUGUGCAGGUAGGUUUUCAGAAACAGUGGGGUUUUCUAUUAGAUGAGGAAGCACGUUCUUGUAAAAAGAAAGAAAGAAGUCUUCCUCGGAUUCUAAGCUACUAUUACUUUUCUUUUUUUUAUGAGUUAGAUUUUAGUUUUCUAGAGAAUAUCAAUGUUUUUUCAUCUUUGUUGCCUUAAUUUCAAGAAACGUCUAAGACUUUUUCCUGUUUGAGACUAAUGAAUGCAGUGAAAAUGAUCUGACAAAGAAAGGAGAUUACCUGUAUAAAGAAUAGAAAGAAAGAGAGAGGUCUCCUGGAGACGUUUUAAAUUAUCAGUGGUGACUUUGUGUUUAAAAGAGAGGACAGACAAAAAAAAAAUAUUGUGGUCAUGAUGAUGAUUAAAGAGAGUUGCAUUUUUUAGGAACAGAUGAAACAAAUGUUAAUCCACUGCAUCAUGGGAAAUGCAGUUUAUUGUGUAGUGCAGAUCAUUUUUAAUGGCAUUAUUGUUUUUAUCUGCAAUAUUUUUUAUGAGCUUUAAGGUGUUUUUAGCCUGCUUUGCUUGUUUCAUUGCGGAAAAAAGAAAAGAAAACUAAAACAGUAAAAAAAAAAAUGGCAGUGCAAAUCUAAAUAGAUAAGAGCUUAUGGAUUAAAUGAAAAAGUAAAAAAGCAAAUGUGUGCAAAAAGCAAUAGUAAUAGGAAAUUGUUGACAAUUUCUUUAGUCUUUCUUAGCUGUGGAUCAAAUGCAGCCCGUGGAUGGCAUAUUUUAUACCAAAGAUGAAGAAACCCCCCUCAAGACAGUGGAGUGGAUCAAUUUUUGUUCGUUUCUUUUUUUCUAUUUGAGAUUUUUUGGUGUAAUCAUUUGGUUUCAGAGUUAUCCAUUUGACCUUGACAGCCAAAUUGAUACUUUAGGGUUUAAACUUCCUUCCACUGUUGUAGAAUCUAUGUCAGUCGUUCAGUUGAGAGGCAGAAAUCCACCAUCACUGAUUCUCAUGAGUGUGAUCUCCCCACCAGAGGGCGACAGAGAGCGGCUCAACCAUCAAUCAUCUCCCGUCCCGUCUGCCCGGCUGAAAGAACUAUACCUCUAUCGCUGCACCUUCUCAGUCGCCGACUGAUGGUCGGUCACUAUUAAACACGUCGCACAUCCGUUCAGUUCGAGCUUUCCCACAAAGAAGGCCGUAUUCGUAAUUUCAGCUCAACAGGAAUGAAACACAGCACUCACUAGUGUGUAUUUAAACUCUGUGUACAGAUCACUACCUCAUCGAAAGCAAUUUUACCGUGAGGAAACACAGGAGAAUGUGUUGCAGGUCAUGAAACACAAGCUUUGCUUCAGGGGCACUGAGAAACAUUUGCAAUUAGCAGCAUUAGCAUAACAUUUUGUUCUGAGCACUCCCGUCUGUAUUUGCAGUCGCAUUGAUCGAAAUGCCUCAUUUUAUAUGCAAGGUUUCCUCAAUCAACCAGAUGCCAUAGGAAAUCUCUCAUGAAAAUGGCGGUCUUUACUUGAAAAACAAAGGCUCCGUCCCAAAGCCCUUGCUGGUCAUGGCCACAUUUUGGUGGCAUUAUAAUAGUUAGUAAUCCGUAGUUAUCCUAAAAUCUUAAAUCGUGACACAUUAUGGUCACAUGGAUGCACACUGACCAUUGCAGGACGGCGGAUACACACCAACUACGCAAUCUGGGACAGAGCCUAAGGUUCCCAUCAUUAUGGGAUUCGGUGGUUGCUCAGGUGCCUUGACAGCUCAGAAUUAAGGUUAGAAAUAUCACCCAUGUGACAUUUUAACCUUCCGUAUCUGAAAUUAGCUUUCUUUUUAUCAGGCUGCCUAUUCCAGAGGGGGACACUAGCAAACAGAAGAGUAGAAAGAGGGAACAUUUCCUAAUUUAAAGGGAUAGUCCAUCCAAAAAAAAAAAAAAAAAAUCAGUCAAAAAUGAAGAACAGUGCCAACCGAACAAUUUCGGUUCCCAUUUACUUGCACUGUAUGGACAAAAGAUACAACAACAGUCAAUUGGACCUGAAACUGUUUGGUCGCCAACAUUCUUUAAAAGGUUCUCUUUUAUAUUGCGUAGAAGAAAGUAAGCCAUGUUUGGAACAACAUGAGUAAAUUUACAUUUUUGGACAGACUAUCCCUUUAAUGUACAAACCAGGCUGCUGUCUUUUAUUUACCAUGAAGUUGAUGUAAUUUUGAUGCAGUCAGAUAGGAAAGCACUAUAUUAAAGCGUCAGCAAAGAGUUCUAAUACACAUGGUGAAUCAUGGACUGUCUCAGCUGCCUUCAUGGUCAUACGGCUCAUCAUAAAUACUCCUCCUAGUUUUACAGUCGGGUAGCUAGAGUUGUCGAGGUGCUCUGGGAAUAAAUUAUCUGUCUUAAAGGGCCGGCGAGAGUCCUCAAGAUCACUUUAUUCCUUUUGAACGUCAUCGUGGACACUUUGGUCUUUUUUCCUGUUUUCAUGACCUCUAUACAGCUAAGUAAUGAUCUCAAUUAGCCACUAGGGGACAGUAUUAAAGCAAAGUUGGUGUACUUUAUCCUCUGGUGAUGGCCAUUGCAGUGAGAUACUGUGUUCACACUGUGGAUUAAAGCGAAGCGAUGCCAUGUUCCUAAUGAGCAAGACAGCACUGCUUCAAAAAGGACACGCUAGCUUUUAAUUUUUCACCUGUUUAAACAAAAAAGUAAAAAAAAAAAUAAUAAUAAUAAUACAUUUAAAAAGUCACUGUUUUGUCUCUGUCAUCCACUGUCUUUUUGGAGAGUUAUUUUUAUCAUGUGCUCGCUGCUAACAAGCAUUCAGUAUUUAAGUGGUCAGGGCCUUGGGAAUGGAGAGACAAUUCAAGCUGGUAUCUCAAAUGAGAGGUGUGUGAAUAUGUCAUCACGUUAUACACUCUGCGGCCUUCAUGCUUUUCAUUAAAGAGUGAAUAAAUGUGUCCCAUUAAGCUGAAGGUUCUGCUAACUGUAGGAUGGAGUUCUCAUCCCAACUGUAAUUUAGUAAGCUAAACACCUUUCAUCCACGAAGGUUUUCGCUGGCUAGAAACUCUGCUCCCAUUCAUUGGAUGUGAGGUCCAAGCCAUGCUUUUUUUUCUGUAGGUACAUCUGAUUGGCUGUCACAGUUGAGGUCAUUGAAUGACGAUUGUUCGUCUAUUCGUCUGUUGUACUGUCAGGAAACAGCAUAGGUUCAACCAAAUUCAACACAAACUGCAAAACCUCAAUUAGAGACUAACGUGCUGGCAGAUGAAAUAGAGAAAUAUUUAUGGAAUUGUUUUUGUACAGGUGUUGUUGAAAUAUGAAAGCGGAACAGUUUUACGAUGCUACAAUGAUUUCUUGAGUUGCUUCACUUUCUUGCCUCCCAUGUGCUCGAGCUGUGAUCCUGAGAGUGUCUGUAGACCAGUGGAUGUUAGGUUUAAACUUCUGUUUAUUUUUGUUUUCUUUUGAUGAAGCUUUCAAUAAAAAAAAUCUACAAAAUCA